GCAUAAGGACGUGCCAUAUAAGGACUUACUAAAUAGGGAUGUGCCAUAUAAGGACGUGCCAUGUAAGGACUUAUACCAUAUAAGUACGUGCCAAUAAUCUUCACUCUAAUGCUGUCCUGUUAGAAGCACUGAGUAAUAACUACAUUGGAACUCUGAUGAUAUUUCAUUAUCAGAUAAAGAUUCAGCAUUCUCUGAAUAAACCAGGUGUUUACGUAUAUAUCUGUGCAUUUCAUAGCUAUGAGAAAUAAAAUCAAAAUAUCUGAACAUACAUGGAUCUCAAUAUAUUACAGAACAGAUUGGCAGAAAUAAACUCAGAAUACAUUUAGUCUAAGUUAGGUUAAAUAGAUACUUUAUUCACCCCCUUGGGAAAAUUCAGUUAUCCUGUAGAAAUAGACAAAAAAUAAAUGGACAAACAGUAAAAGUCAACCAAAUAAGCCAACAAAAGUCAAUAGAAAGUGAGCAAUAUUGCACAUAAAAAAAAAUUGAAUCUAAACUUUGACUGUGUGUCUCCAUCUCUCCCCCCUCCCUUCCCCUGAGCAGCAGGGCUACAGCCAGGCCGGGAUGGGGGGCAUGUCGACGGGGGUGGGCCUGGGGUACGACCGGGGCCAGUACAACUCCGGACAGGCCCCCCACCACGGGAUGCUGCGGCAGAAGUCCAUCGGUGUCGCUGAGGAGGAGCGGACGUUCCUCCACCCGCCCACCGUCAAGUUCGCCCGCAGCCUGUCGGUGCCCGGCCCCGACGACAUCCCCCCCCCGCCCACCACCGCCCCCCCCGACCCCCCCUUCGCCUCGGCCCCCCCCCUGGGCUGGAGGGGCAAGUCCUCCCAGCAGCCCUCCGUCUCCCAGUCCACCGCCACCUCCGCCCACUACCAGCUCUACUCCCAGUCCCAGUCCGUCCAGUUCACCCGGCCGGGGGGGCCCGGCCCCGGGGGCCAGCAGGACCACGCGGCCCCCCAGUACACCCACCCCCAGCCGGCCCCCCACCCCGCCCAGAGCCGGGCGGCCCCCCGGAAGGUGAGCUACCCCGGGGAGCCCGGCCUGCCCGCCGGGAUGGGGGGGGCGGCGGCGGCCAAGGCGGCGGGCCUGAGGCGGGGCUACAGCACGGCCGGCCCCCCCUCGGCCGCUGUGCCCCCCCCCCAGCAGCAGCAGCAGCAGCAGGGGGUCCAGAGCCAGGCCCAGCGGGCUGACCGCGGCGCGGCACCGGGCCUGGCGGGGGUGCCUAAGGGGGGGCCGCGGAGGGGCAAGGUGCCCCUGGUGAAGCAGUCCAAGGUGGAGGACCUGCGGGCGGGGCAGGGCACCCUCCUGGGGGGCAAGGCGUCGCUGGAGAAGAGCUCCAUCCCCAUCCCCACCAUCAUCGUCAAGGCGCCGUCCACCAGCAGCAGCGGCCGCAGCAGCCAGGGCAGCAGCGUGGAGGCGGAGCCACCCCCCCCGGGGGGGGAGGGGGAGGGCCCCGCGGCGUCCCAGCCCCCGGCGCCGCCCUCCACGCCGGCGCCCCCGCCCCCGUCCCUCCCCUCCAUCCGGGCGCAGGACGGCCAGGACUUCACCAGCCAGUUCGGCGCGGCCAUCGUGGGCGCGGCGCGGCGCGACCGCGAGCGCUUUCACGAGGCGCGGCGCCGCAGCGCCUCCUUCUUCAUGUCGGUGGAGGACGAGACGGGGCUGGACGCCGGCGGCGGCGGCGGGGGGCGGGGCCAGGCGGCGGCCCAGGGGCUGCUCAGCCACCAGGGGGGGGAGGCGGCGGCCACGCGGCUGCGGCCGUCCAAGUCCAUCGACGAGGGCAUGUUCUCGGCGGAGAGCUUCGUCCACAGCACGCGCAGCAUGCCGCCGGCCUUCGGCCUGCCCGAGUACGCCUCGCCCGCCCUGGACUACCAGCCCAAGUCGGUGCCCGCCGAGUUCUACGGCGCCGGGGGCCGGCAGCAGCAGGUGAACCCCGCCUCCACCACCACCUUCAUCCACCCGCUGACGGGCAAGGUACUGGACCCCUCGUCGCCGCUGGGGCUGGCGCUGGCGGCCCGCGAGCGCGCCCUGAAGGACGACAGCCGGCUGCGGCGGGGCGCGGCGGACCACCACUUCGCCCGCCAGAUGUCCGGCGUCGGCGGGGGUUUCCCCUCGUCGUCGUCGGUGUCCUCGCAGCCCCCGCCCAUCUCCACCACCGCCGCCCAGUCCUCCGGCUCCUCCUACCUGGUCACCUCCUCCUCGCUGGCCGCCACCACGCCCACCGUGGGCCGGCCCCCGUCGCCCCGGAUCCUGCGGGGCUCCGGCGGCGGCGGCGGCGGCGGGACGUGGGGCGCCGGGGACGACGGCGGCGGCGGCGGCGGCGGAGGAGGAGGAGGGGGGGGGGAGCGGGAGAGGGAGGGGGGCGGCGCUCGCGAGGGGCUCAGGGUGCGCUUCUCCGAGGACAAGACGGUCCACGCCCCCCACUACCAGGCCCCGCCCCCGCAGCUCUACGCGCCCUCCUACAAGGAGCGGGAGAGGGAGCGCUCCCGGGAGAGGGAGCGCGAGCGUUCCCGGGAGCGGGAGAGGGACAUGUCCCGGGAGCGGGAGCGGGACAAGGAGCGGGAGGGGUACCUGCGGAGGGCGGAGCGCUCGGCGGCGAGCGUGUCGGCGGCGGAGGCGGCCAGCGCCCAGCAGGCGGCGCAGAGCCAGACGCCGCGGCGGCCGUCCUUCUUGCGCAUGGAGAGCGAGGCGGGGCCCUACAUGCUGUCCCUCACCCCGCCCUCCCCGCCGCCCGCCAGCACCCUGGGGCAGCCGGGGGGGGGCGCCGGGGGCGCCGGCGGCUCCGGCCUGAUGGUCCUGCCCCCGCCGGCGCCGUCCGUCGACGCGGAUGACGAGUUUGUGUUCGCCGACCCCCUCCCCCCGCCGCUGGAGUUCGCCAACAGCUUCGACCGGGGGCCGGGCGCCAUGACGCGCUACGCCCAGCGGGGGGGGCCCGGCGGCCUGGCGGCGGCGCGGCAGCAGCACGCCGUGUCGGCGCCGGCCCCCCCGCCGCCCCCGCCCCCGCCGCCGCCACCCCCCUCCCAGAGGGAGCCCCUGGCGGGGGGCUUCCACGCCCACACGCCGCUGCCCUCCCCCCAGGCCGGCGACUCGGCCACCUCCAGCCUGACGUCCUACGACAGCGAGGUGGCCAACCUCACGCAGUCGGGCCACUCCCCCUCCCAGACCUCCCCCAACCAGCCCCCGCCCUCCCCCUCCACCCUGCAGCCCGCCUCGGGGGCCCCGCCCCAGCCCUCCGUCUCCCCGCCGCCCCCCCCCCCGGGGUCCUUCCACCGCCCCUUCUCCGUGUCCCACCCCCACCACCUCUACAACAGCACCCACAGCGCCGGGCCGGGCCGCUCCUCGCCCACCCCCCCGCCCCACACCAUCGCCCCCCCGCCGGCGUACCGGGGGCCCCUCACCCCCUCCUCCAGCGCCGCCACGCUGGCGGCCCUGCGGGGGGCCGUCUCCCCCUCCGCCCCCCACCCCACGACCGCUAGCUGUGCCUCCGCCCCCUCCUCCUCCACCGGCUCCUCCGCCUCGCAGCUCCACCAGGACCGGACCCACAAUGCACCGGGGGGGGGCGGGGGCGGGGCCCGCCGGCCCGGGGAGCGCCACCCCUCCCCCGUCUCCAAGGUGGGCGGUGGGGGGGGGGGGGAGGCGGCGCAGGAGGCGGUGGUGGAUUCGGGCAUCGAGGAGCUGGACAGCCGCAGCAGCUCGGACCACCACCUGGACAGCAUCCUGGGCAUGAGCGGGGUCAGGGGUCACGAGCGGGCCGGACGGACCCCCGCCGAGAAUGAGCGAGGAGGAGGAGGAGGAGGAGGAGGAGGAGCAGGAGACCUACUGGACUCCUACAUGAGCUACCUGGACGGGCAGACGUUCGAGAUGCAGAACGCCACCGCCGCCACCGCCACCUACCCCAAGACCAACCGCUUCCGGGAGGGGGGCCGCAUGGGCGACCUGCGGCGGCAGACCAGCACGGCCCCGCCCUCCUUCCACUCGCACCGCCGCCGCGAGGAGCAGCAGGAGGAGGAGGAGCUGGAGGAGGCCGACGCCGAGGAGGAGGACGGCCGGGGCCACGACACGUACGGCCUCAGGGAGAUGCAGAACCUGGGCCGGCCCACCUCGCCGUACUUCGACCGGCCCCGCACCCCCGAGAUGAAGCCCCUGUGGGGGGACGGGCCGACGGCCGGGGAGGGCAUGGGCAUGGGCCAGGGCGGGCCGUACCACGACGGCAGGAAGAUGUACCAGUCGGCCUCCAGUAUGAAGCCCAGCAUCCUGAACGAGCUGAGCAGCAAGCUGCAGCAGAGGAGCAAGGAGAGCUACCAAAGACCCCUGAGCCGACACAGAAACAGGUUCUCCGAAGACUCGGCCUCGGCCCUGAGCCCGCCCUCCACGCGCUCGCUCUCCCCCUCCCCCAUCUCCCUGUCCCAGCCCGCCCUGUCCCCCUCCCCCACGCCCUCCUCCCAGUACCAGAACUGGGCGCGCUCCCCCUCGCCCCAGCCCGCGGCGCCGGCGCCCUCGCAGCCGCCCCGCUCCCAAUCCCCGCUGUCGCCCACCGCCUACGCGCCCUACCCCACUUCCCCCAAACACAGACCUGUGUACCGGACCAAAGCCCUGGAGUUCCAGUUCAUCCCCAGCAGGGAGUCGCGCAAGGCCGACUCCCACAUCAUGCAGCGCCGCCGCGCGCCCAGCCCGCUCGUCUCGCCGUCGGAACGGCCCAAGGCGGGGCCCCCGCGGCCCUCCUCCCUCCCCCUGCUCCCGACCACGCCCCUCUACAGCGCCCUGUACGACCUGCGCGGUUCCGUCACGCCGCCGUCGCCCGGCAACCCCCUGGGCGACCCCUACUUCUCCCCGUCACCGCCGCUGUUCGCCCCGUCCGGCGCGCCCCCGCCGCCCAACGCCGCCCUGGUGGUGUCGCGCUCGCUCUCGCCCACCCACUUCCUGUCCGGGACGUCCUCGCCGCCGAUGCACCCCCACCCGCCGCCCACCUGCCUGAGCUACCCCCACCUGCCCCCGCCCCCGCCCACCAAGCCCUUCGCCGCCAAGCCCCUCCCCUACUGGACCAAGUACGACGUGGCGGACUGGCUGGUGUACCUCAACCUGGCGGAGCAUCGCGAGCGUUUCCUUGACAACGAGAUCGACGGGACGCACCUGCCGUCGCUGACGAAGGAGGACUACCUGGACCUGGGGGUGACGCGCGUGGGCCACCGCAUGAACAUCGAGCGCGCCCUCAGGCGGGUGGUAGACAGGAUGUCCGGCAGCCCGUUCCCCAUGUCCAUCCUCUCCCCUCGGGACAGCCGGGCCGAGCGGCGGAGGGACGACGGGAGCCUGGGCUAGAGACCCCCAGGCCCCCAAGACACUCGCAGGGAGGACAGAGCGACGGGUGGAGGUCGGAGGGACGGGUGGAGGUCGGAGGUGGAGGGUGGAGGCACGGGGCGAGGGUGGUGGACCUGGGGUCGGGGGGGGGGGGGGGGAGCUGGGCAAUGGGUGGGUGGGCGGCAAACCAUAUAGCAUCAUAAGUACAACAAAGGAGGAUAGCAGGCUAAAUGAAGACCGUAGGUGCUGGCCCAAAGGUGGUGGUGCUGGCCCAUGGUAACACGUAGAAUCACACACACAAACACACAUACGCACGUACGCACACACACACACACACAAGCCGGGAAGACCCCCCCCACCCCCCCCCCCCCCAUCCCGUCCGCAGUCAGAAUAGUACAAGCUAGCUAAACCCAAACAAAUACUGACGAGGAACCAUCAGAAGGCAGCCUCCGUCGCUUAGCAACGGACGGGUGUGUCGUCACGGCAACAGAGGCGAGUCCACCAGUGACAGCGAAAGGGAAGAACUUCCAGCACCCUCAUCCACAACCCCCACCCUCACCCAGCCCUCCCCCCUACUACCCCUUCUCCCCUGGGCCAUUUCCGUUCAGCUUUUAAGGAAACGGAUCACAACCACCAACCCUGCUCUUUGAGUGUGAACGAUGUCCCCGGUAUGUGUGUGUGUGUGGGGGGGGGGGGGAGUCUCUGCCCCAGCCCUUGGGCCCGCCCGCCGUCUGAGAGUUGAACCAAGGACAUGAAAUCGGGGCUCGUGUUCUCGGACUCCUUUUUAACCGGACGAGAGACGACAGAGGACUCAGCGAUUCAUGACCCGACAGCGGUGAGACUUCCAGACCACGGUGGGACCGAGAGGAGACGCGGUCAACGGGGAAAACGCAGCCUCGUGAUUGGCCCAGGUGGAGGAGUGUGACUUGUAUGCCUGGGUGUGAUUGGUUGUCUGUUUUUACCUCACGACCGGCAGGGCGUGGCCCUGGUUGACUGGACUCCAUGUAUUUCUCUACAGCUCUUUAAGUCUUAUAACGACAUCUAUACAGACUGGUCACUGUAUUACAGAUUUGUAGCAAAAAUAUAAGUGCCCAGACCAUGAACAUUGAAUAGUUUAGACACAAUAGGCCUACACACACACACAGAUACACACAUAUAUAUAGACACAUAUAUCCACACACGUGCAUAAAUGCCUCCAAGAAGACUCACAGCUCACACACUUAAAGACACGUAUCAUACACACUUAACUAUGUUUGAGUUAGAAAUUAUGGAAAACCUAAUAUACACAUCCAUAUAUAUAUAUAUAUAUACACACACACACACUAUAUGUUUGAAUCAAAGAAGAGGCGGGUGUGAUUUCAACUGUUUACUGAGGCCAUCGGUGAGGACAGGAAGCAAACGUGGACCUGGAGAGAAGAGCGUUCGUUUGAAAAGAACAAAGACAGACUUUCUCUUCAGCGAAAGCCACACUUGCUGUGCCACCAUUCAAACGUUCUCCUGCAGAGAGACGCAGGAACACUGACGAGGCGAGGGGGAGCGAAAGAGAAAAACUGCCAUUUUCUGCUCUUUCCCGCCCAUUCCCUCCUCAGACCCCGCCCUCCGUGCUCCUUCCAGGACAAACCGUCUCUCUCUCUACGGACACGAGCUCCCCCCCCCCCCAAAGGACGGGCGCAGAGAGAGAGAGAGAGGAACAAACACUUUUCAGUUUUAAUACUAUGUUCUUACAACACUUUUUAAACUUUAAAUGGGUCUGGAAUACCGAUAUUGAUAUAAAGAGAUUAAUUGUUACUAUUUAACAUUACUGUCAUCGUCCUUACUGUUACUAUUGCUUCGGGGAGGGCGUGUCUAGAGAACCAAGCGUCUCCCAGACUGUUGCCUCGACGUGUGGGAACACACGGACGCAGAACGGGGCGACUGUGAGACGUUAUGGUUUCCAUUUUUCGAGGAAGCGUGUGGUCUUGUGCGGCCGUGUCCUUCCGACGUACGCCUCUGCGUGUGAAGCUCAAGGCGAGCGGUACGGUUCACCUGACGCAGCACACGUUGUGAUCCACAUAUCUAUGCUUGGUGCCAACAAUGCUUUAACCCAUGUAGGACGACCGGGUAGCGAUGGGAGGGUGUGAGGGUGAAGGGGAUCCGGUCACAGCUCUGUCUUGAGAGAGGAUGGAGGCGACCGGGGAGGUGAAUUUCACACGACUUUCGUUUCCGAGAUAUGCAGAGGGUGUAACAUGUAGCAGUUGUUGUUGUGACGCUAUUCAAUAUUCACGCCACGGCCGUGUGUUGAUCUCUGUGACUCGACUUUUUCAUUAGAGGAUUGGAAAUGAAAACGAUUAGACUCCCAUCGCAUUGAGUUUUAUUAUGCAGAAUAUCUUUGUACCCCCCCCCCCCCCCCCCGCAAUCCGUGUCUUUAGUUCCUCCACCAUUUGCAUUCUGCUGUCUCCUAGUCUCCCCGUCCAGCAUUCCUCUCAGUGUGUGAGAUCAAAUAUAAGGGCUCUCUCAUGACCUACCUUAAACAACGCCUCACCUCUCAUGCUUGCCUGUGGAGGCCUCCUCUUACGGACGCCAGAUGUGUUUUAUAUCAGGGCGUCGAUGGGGGAGGGAGGGAGGAAUGGGGGAGGGUCGCGGCCGCCCCCAUCCUCACCCCCCCCUACCCCCUGCAGAGGCAGACCACCGCAUCGUUUCUACAUCCGUUUGCGUACUGUGCGCGUGCUCACAAGCCAUUGAUCAACGAUCAGAGAUUAUAUAUAACAGGUAUAUCUAUUUUUCUGUGGCUGUAAAAGGCCGGUAGUCUAGGAGAGAUACAUAUUGAAAUGCGAUUUGUCUAGCAAUAAGGACGAUGAAAGUAAUGGUCAUCCUAAUUAUGGUUUUAAGAUGUGAAAAAUGUCUCAAAAGUUCUACAGAAUCUCUGUCUUCCAAAUGUUUGACAUGAAAAUGGUUUUGAUGUGUUUGUUAUUUAACUGCUCCGCCUUCUAUACAGUUUGACCUAGUUUUGUUUUCAAUCUAUUCCCUUUCCCUUCGUUGAACAGACAGUGUCGAUAACAACCCCACAGUAUUCAAACAUCCUCUGGUCCAAAUCUGUUGUUGCAGAGAUGAGCCUUUAAGUUUAUUAAUAUCUCGGCUAUUAAUAACUUAAUUGCUUAUAGCGAGAACUGACAUUUUUCGCCCUUAUUGCUUGUCCCAAUGAUCAUUGUAACCCUAGGCAACACGUAUUACAUGCUUAAAGGGUUAAUAUUGUAAAAUGUGUUGCACCUGGGGCUUGUUAUAUCCAACUACCUGUUGGCUGGAUUGAGGCCAGGUUAAAGGGCCGGUUUCCCCAAGUGAGAAAAUAAAUGACUUUCUAUAUUGAAGUCCUUACACUUGAUUUGAUGGGGAAAAUAAAUGAAAAAAUCCUGUUUUUGUAUCGCUACCCCUUCAUCUUGGGUACCUUGUGAGGAGAACUAAUAGGCAGCCCCUUUGUUGCUAGAAAUAUUCCAGAUCGGUCUCACUGUAUAGAAAGCACUUAAUUUAUUUUAAGAGGUCUUUUAAAGAUAUGAACUGAUAAAGGUAUAACGGAAUAUAUGUAUGUGAUAUACAUAUGCGCACAUUCAUAUAAACAAAUUUCAAAUGUUUUAAGAGAUUAAAUUGUUAGAAUUAUAAUAAAGAUGAAGAAACAAGUCA